AUGUAUUUGGUGAUCACAGCGUGUGUGGAUCUUGGUGCUGAGAGAUUGGUGGAUUUAGGAAGUACCCAGCCCAAUGAAAGUUUAAAUAAUACAGUGGCAAGCAAGACACCUAAAUCAACAUUCUACUCUGACUCAGAGAGCUGCAGCGGUUGCACAAAAAAAUUUGGGUCAUCAGUAAAUGAAAAAUUGUUUCUUUCACCUGGGAAAGUGACCAGCAAAAUUGCCAUGAAAACAGACUUGAAAAGAAAAAAAGACAAAGACAAAGAAGAUACAGAAGAGUACAAGAAAAGAAGAGCAUUGAAAAAAGCUGAGAGCAAGAAAUGUCAAGAAUCAGCAGCAGUGAAAGAGGGGAUUACAUAUGAAACUGAUGCCGACAUCAACAAUAAUGUAGACAACAGCAUUACAGAAAUACCCCCUCCUCUCACCAAACCCAUCCCAACACCCAUAGCAGCUGGGCAGCAUACAUUUGUAUACUUUGACUUAGAAACAACAGGUCUUGAUAAAGAUUGUGAAGUAACACAGAUUGGAGCUUGUACUGAUGAUAAAACCUUUUCCCAAUAUGUCACUCCACCAACAAAACCGAUCUCUGCUUCCGCUACAGCCGUGACUGGACUAACCAUCAGAGACAACAUCAUGUACAAGAAUGGACACCAAGUUCACAGUAAGACAACCGAGGAAGCUUUUCAGUCAUUUAUUGAUUGGAUGAGGCAAUUUACAAACAUUAUAUUGGAUGCUCACAAUGCAGUGUUUGAUUCCAGAGUCAUUGUGCGUUUAUUUCAUUCCGCGGGACUGUGUGCCAGUGACUUCUUUAUUGGAUUUACCGACACGCUGCCAUUAUGUAGGGAAUUCAUCCCAGGUAGAAAAUCCUACAAGCAGACAGAUCUUGCUAAAGACAUAUGUAGUAGGCAUUAUGAUGCCCAUGAUGCUUUGUCUGAUGCUCAGACCUUACAAGAACUGAUGGGAUGUGAAUAA